CCGACAAUCCUCUCUCCGCGAUACCCCUAUACCUAUCCACGUGUGCAUCGCUGCCGCAAAUCGCUCACAGACAUCAAGGCGUGCAGACAUAAUUGAUUUUUAUAUUUUUAUUAUACGCACAAUGGAAAUAACUAUAGAUUCGGAAGCAUUGAUCUUACUAAUUGAGCAUAGAACUGUCCUUUGGGACAAAAAUUUUAAUACGUAUAAAAAUAAACAAUUGACAAUAUCUGCUUGGCGAGAGAUUUGCUGCCUCCUCAGACCUGAUUUUAACGAACUGGACGAAAAAGAAAGUCAAGCAUAUGGUAAACUAGUAUCUACAAAAUGGUCGAAUCUACGAGAUGCCUGGACACGAGCUAAUAAAAAAGAGGUCAAAAAGUCCGGAGCCGGGGCAAAUUUUUCAAAGCCAUACAUAUAUAAAGAACAAAAAGUAGUUGAGCAGAAUAGAACUCAUGAUUCUCUCAAGAAUUGUCCUCCGACAGAUGAGUUCCCAGAGGCAUCAGCAGCCGAACCAGCCGCUACAACUUCAGAGGUACCACGUACUUCCAAAAAGCAAAAUUCCAUGCACUUAGACGAAAAAAUGUGUCAGUUUUUAGAUAGCAGGCUAUCAGACGAAGAGAGAACAUCCAAUGCUCUCUUUUUUACAGACUUUAGAAUUUCAAACAGGCAUGCUGUCAUUAAUCCAAAACAUUAAAAAGCAGCGUGCAAAUCGUGCAUACAUGCAUACACAUCAAAUCAUCAUUUAAGAGAUUAUAUGCAACAGCCUGUAUAUUCGUCGCAAAACCGUAUAAAUAUGCCUCCGUCAGCUGAAUAUGGAUACUCGACAUGUCAACCCGUCGAACCAGCAUCACCUGCAUCGCCUUGGUCCCAACAAUCAAGUUCUACUCAAGAUUUGGUUUUAUCUUUUGCUACGAUUUAAAGUCCACUUGCUGCAUUAUAAUAUAACCCAUUUCCUUUAAAUAAAU